AAAAUUUAUUAAAAAAAAAGUGUCGUCUCCCGCCAUUAACGCGUUCUCCCAUUUCCACCAUCAUCAGAUUAGCCAAAGAACUCUGACAAAUAUAUAUUUAUAAAUUACAAAAAAAUUCAUACAAAAGAAAACUAAUUUUCCACUGAAAUCCAAAAUUGUUUACCAGAUUUUCCAUUCCCGUUUAGAUCCGCCAUCGUUGAAGAACCAAACAGAUUUCUUCUUCUUCUUCUUCUUCUUCUUCUUCUUCAUCACACACCAUAGAUGAAAACCAAAACGAAGCGCUCCAAGAGUAAGCUAGGGUUACCAGUUGUUGUCCUCCUAUGUUCUCUCUUCUUCCUCGUCGGCUUCUAUGCCUCCACUCUUCUUUCUCAGAAUGUUCCUGUUAUUAGACCGCGGUUGAGAAUGCUUGACGUGGCCGAUGGAGAGCUUGAUGCGAUGCCCCAUGGCGUGACUGGAGAAUCUUCUCCCCAAUCCAUUCCAUUUCAGGUUUUAAGCUGGAAACCGAGAGCCGUUUAUUUUCCAAACUUUGCAACCCCAGAACAAUGCAAAAGUAUAAUUGAAAUUGCAAAGUCUCGACUAAAACCCUCUAGCCUGGCUCUGCGAAAAGGAGAAACUGAAGAUAGCACUAAGGGAACAAGAACAAGUUCAGGUACAUUUAUUAGUGCAUCUGAAGAUAAAACUGGAGUACUGGAUUUCAUUGAGCAGAAAAUUGCUAGAGCUACAAUGUUACCAAAGUCCCAUGGGGAGGCAUUCAACGUGUUGCGCUAUGAAAUUGGACAGAAAUAUGAUUCACAUUAUGAUUCAUUUAACCCAACUGAAUAUGGUCCGCAGAUGAGCCAAAGGGUCGCAUCUUUCUUGUUGUAUUUAUCUGAUGUAGAAGAAGGUGGAGAAACCAUGUUCCCUUUUGAGAAUGGCUUGCAAGUGGGUUCAGGCUAUGAUUACAAAAAAUGUGUUGGUUUGAAAGUGAAACCAAGGGAAGGCGAUGGAAUUCUAUUUUACUCGCUGUUUCCAAAUGGCACAAUUGAUCAGACAUCUCUUCAUGGAAGUUGCCCAGUUAUCGCAGGCCAGAAAUGGGUGGCGACGAAGUGGAUUAGAGAUCAAGUACAAACGGUCUAAGCAUCGUUUCUAUUAAGGGGGUAACGGGAACUCCAGACCUCUUAAUUUAAAUUUGGCCCAGUUACCAUGGACGUAUUUUGGUGCAGUUACUAUCGGUUAAGCCCUGUGGCCGAAGACUUUAGCAUAGUUAAAUCUAAAUCUGUGAUUUUAAUAUUGUCAUCACUGUAAUGUCUUUUCGGUAACUGAUUCAUUUUAACUUCCCAUUUCAAUGAGGCGACAUUUAUAGAAUCUCGUUCCACAGAUGUGUUUGUACUUUCUCUUUUUUCACAUGGAACAGUGUAAAGAAAACUUUAUUAUUACAUUUUCUCCAAUUAUUGUGAGAACUCUCUC